CCUCCGCCGACCCCAUCAUCCGACCCCAGUCUCGUGAGCUUCGCAGCCAUGCUGCCCGAGUCUGUGUCCAAAGGGCCGUAUGAAGAGGUAUGGCGCAUGGCCCCACGCACGGCCAUGAAGAUCCUCGCGAUUAGUAUCGAAGCGCUCGUCCACUCGACCGGCGACAUCCCUUCGACCGCGCCGUCUACCGCCGUGACGACGCACCACCUGCGGGGAAUGCAGUGGGAGAAAGAUAAUAUCAAGCGGUCCAAUUCGGAAAGGGAACUCGCCCUCAUGCGGGAACGGGCCGAGGCCCAAGCCAAAGCCGAAGCAGAAGCUGCCGCCGCUAUGGCUCCGGAUGUACCCUUAAGGCGGACCCCCUCCCACGACUUGUCCUUGACGCCCGGGCCCAUAGACGGCAUCCGACUCCGCUCCACCUCCACCUCCACCUUCGCCCACCACCCGCCGCCAAGCUCAAGCUCAAGCUCAUCCGAACCCAAAAUCGUCUGGGCCAACACCGAGCCGCACAAGGAACAGCACAACGCCAUCACCCGCAAGUUCUACUGCCGCAAACCCCCGCCCAUUACCGUCACCGACUACCUGGAGCGCCUGCACUCCUACUGCCCCACGAGCACGGCCGUCUACCUGGCCACGAGCCUCUACAUCUACCGCCUGGCCGUCGACGAGCGCGUCAUCCACGUCACGCCGCGCACCGUGCACCGCCUCGUCCUCGGCGCGCUGCGCGUCACCAUGAAGGCGCUCGAGGACCAGCGGUACGGCCACCGUAAGAUGGCGCGCGUGGGCGGUGUGGGCGAGCCAGAGCUUGCGCGGCUGGAGAUUGGGUUUUGCUUCCUUACUAACUUUGAGCUUUUCUUGCGUGAUGCCGACUUGGCCGCCCAUCUUGAGGUGUUGCGG